ACCCUGCUGGGGGAUGACUGACUGACUGCUGGGCUGAGCUGGUGGGGCCAGUUUCCCCUCUAAGGCCCUGAGCUGGAGGUAUUGAUGGGCUGGGUGAGUGACCCAGGGAGAUGAGGGAAGUGCAAGGCUGGAAUCCUGCCUCACAAAUGAGGUGGGUUUCCCCAAGCUCAGCAAAUGUUGAAGGGAUCCUCUGGGGCCACGGGUGCGCUCGGUGACCCUGGUGUUCACCAAGUCUUGCAGCCUCUCCCCUCCUCUCAUUUAAUUCCAUCUGGGGCUGCAUUCUGGUGCUAGCCCCAUUCACGCUCUGUACUGCUGGCAGCAUGGCCAGGGCCCAUGGUGCAUGGAGUGGGGCAGCAUAGCCCUUCCCUACUGGCUGGAGAUCUGUGAAUUGCUCUGUCUGAGCUGCCGUUCUGGUGGGAAUGUGUAUUAAGACAGUUGGCCAUGGGGCAGGUCCCUGCCUGGGAUCCGAGUUCUUCACCGCCACAGGCAUUUGUAACAUGUUCAUUUGUAAACCACACAGUAUAAAUGCAGCCGCGGCUUUGCCUUGGCCAAGGGACUGCACAGAAUGCAUGCAGUUUUGUGCUGGAGCCUUCCCUCCCCACUGCCCACAGCACCCUUGGCAACGUAACUUGCAUUCCCGCUGAGAUUCCCUCAGCUCUGCAGCUUGCCUCCAGCCUUGUAGAAGCAGGUUUUCCUAGUGGCCCCCCAGGAACCCUGGGUGCUGUGCUGUGAGACCCGGUUCUUCGAUCGCACAACAGCAGAUUAAUUCUAAGGCAAACUGCCAAAUGCUAGAUCAACAUGAAACCCCCUCAGCUGAGCUCAGCAAGGGGCAGGGGAUGGUGAUUCUCCCCACGCAGCCCUGCCCUGUCUGUGUCACAACAAUUCUAGUGCUUGCUCUCCAUAAAAAGGGGUUAACACUUCUGGGGCGUGUGUUGUACAGUCAGACUAUGAUCUGUGACUCAGAAUCAAUGAAUCCUCCCCUCCAGCCCCAGCCCCGGCCCUGGCUACAGCAGAGGCCCUGGCCCAUUGUGCGGCAGAGACAGCUGAGCCCAUGUAAAGUGACCUUUGCCAAGUCUGAGAUGUCAGUGUGCAGGCCAGAUGGGAGAGUUCAUUAGCUCAUGCUGGCCUAGGGCUUUCCUCUGUACAGGUGUUUGAGUGGGGGCAUGGCUUCCUCACUGGGGGGCUCUUAUCUCUACAGUUUAUCCUGCCCCCAGCCCACACACACACUCCUUUGAUCCAGUGGGGCACAGGUUUGCUGACUAUGAGGACAAAGGGGGCAAAGCCCCAAGUCCUUGUUGAGGCGUGGCUGGGAGGCGGGAGGUUAAUUGGUGGUGCUCUAGGGUUUGAAGGGUCUCUGGUUUUGCAGGGUGGGAAGGGAUUGUGUUAAAUACUGGAUUGUCCAUGUGGCUGGAAUCUUAAGGGGAUCUCCAGGUGAGUCCCAUUUGGCUCACGGCUGGAGAGAGAGCACCUCACUGACCUCUCAUCCCGCUCUAUUCUUACAAUGCUUGUCCAUGGCCGUAGAGUGAGAUGCGCUGAUGUGCAGUAAGUAAAUCAAAGUGGGAUCUAAGCUUCCGGCCAGAGGGGCUUUAACAUGGUCCUGCCUCUGCUAAUUCAGUGGGGACCCCUGGCAAAGAGAUGAUGGACAGACAGCUGCAUAAUGAAGGGAUAGUCUCUUGGGACUCAUCCAGGCUAGACCCCCUCUCUCUUCCAGGGUUAGUCUGGCCUGAAAGGUGGUAUGGACCCAUCAGGAGAAGGCCUGUACCUGGCCCAGGCUCUGGAUGGGGAGAGGUGAGGAUGGCUGGGCAAGAUGCCGCUGCAGCCAGAGCGAGAGGCUAGAGUGGCCAAGCAACCAGAGAGGCCCACUAAGUGAGCCCAAGGGCACGAGCAUGGCAGCCUUUUACACUCAGAAGUGCCUCUGACAAGCCUGCAUGGGGGAGGUUCAGCAGGAUUUGGCCAGGGGGGAGAGGCAAAAUCCUGAGCAAGCAAGUCAAUUUAGGGAUAGCUACCAAUUUAGGGAGGGAUAGCUCAGUGGUUUGAGCAUUGGCCACCUAAACCCAGGGUUGUGAGUUCAGUCCUUGAGGGGGCCAUUUAGAGAUCAGGGCAAAAAUUGGGGAUUGGUCCUGCUUUGAGCAGGGGGUUGGACUAGAUGACCUCUUGAGGUCCCUUCCAACCCUGAUAUUCUAUGAUCAAGGGGUGGCUGUUUAGGGGUGGAGGUCUUCACAGGAUGAGGGUGGGGAGCCAGGGAUCUGCCACUGAGCUUAACUAGGAAGAGUGCUGGGCCCCCUGAGCAGCGGGAACGGGCAGUGGGAUUUCUAAUGUGGCUGUCGUCCCUGAAAGAGUACAACUUCCCAUGCAACAAGCAGGAGAAAAUGGUGUGCAAGAGACCCCCCUGGGACCUCUAGAGGCACAGGCCAAAGGCUCGAGAAGAGGGUGGACCUGGAGGGUCCAUCGGCAGGCACACCAAGGCCGAGAUUUUUAAACAUCUUUAAAAAUCUGUGAGAGUGAGGUACCUAGAUACCUUUGAAAAUCUGCCCUUGCCUGCUCCUCUCUGCCCGCCCUGAGGGGCCAUCAGCUCUUGUGCUCAGCAGCGUCUCCUCUGAACAGCACAGCUGUGUCCCUUCCCUCUGGUAGGCGCACAUGUGAGUGUCUACUGGAGUCUGGGGCUUGGCCUGGUCAAACACCUACCAUGCUCGCCUUGCAGCCCUGCAGUGCCUGGGGCGGUGUCAGGCCGCAGAAAGAGGCCUCUCUGUAUCAUGCCACUAAUGGCUGCCCGCAGGGCUGGGGAUCUGCCUGGCUGAGAAUCACUCACCUCGCAGCGAGCGUCAGCGGUUAUUACAGCUGACACUUGCGUGCAUCCCCCAGCCCCCCAGGCAUGGGAGCUGGGGCUGGGAUUGUGCCUCCCUGCCAACCCUCCUGCUCAUUACUGGAUGUGAAAAUAGCCCAGCAGCCCCACGCCCCUUAAAAUCGCUGCUAGAAAUAAAUCCAUUCAUGAGAGAGGGCUGUAAAACCACAGGGACGCAGCCUUUCGUGGGGUUGCCUGUGGCUGGGUGAGGCACGCCAGGGCCCAGCAAUCAGUGCGGCCCUCCUGCUGCGACUCUGGCCCCUCUAUUUGAGGGAAAGCUAUUUGUAACUUUCCUAGAAAAAAAGCUUCCCUUGUAAUUAGCAAUGCGCUGCCCGGGCUGUCAUUUACCACUGCCCGGUACAUAAUGCUGGGCAAAUGCAGCUUUCAACCCCACAAGUGCUCAUGCCCUGCUAGCUACUGCUCGGCCGGGAUCAAACCAUAAACAACGCCAGCAGCUGCAUCGUCUCUGCUCCUGGAGUCAUGUCUAUCGCACACACGGCCGCCGAGUACAUGCUCUCUGAUGCUUUGCUCCCGGACCCUAACGGCUCCCGAGCCAAAGGCCUUCGCCUGGAGUUACCGAGCGACCGCGUUGUGAAGUUCGUCACGGUGGGCCUGCCCCUGUUCCUGGUGUCCCUGGCGUUCGCACGGGAGUUUUCCAUGGGGACCCAGAUCAGCUGUUUCUCACCCGCCAACUUCACAGGGAAGCAGUCUGCAUACGUUGAUACGUCUUGCUGGGAUUCCUUGAUCCACUAUGAAUUUGAUGCUGCUGGAAACACGACAGCCAAAUCCCUCUGGACUCUCAAGGCCUUCCCCUACUCCCUGCUGCUCAUCGCGGUGGCCAUGUACCUGCCCUCCCUGCUGUGGAGAUACACAGCUGCGCCUGCGCUGAACAGCGACCUGCUCUUCAUCAUCGACGAGCUGGACAAGUCCUACAACCGCUCCAUCCGCUUGGUGCAGCACAUGGUGAAGGUCCGCCAGGCCAGCACAGAUGCCCGGCUCUUCUGGGAGGAGUUUGAGAAGGCUCGCAGGGAGCGGUACUUUGAGUUCCCUCUGCUGGAGCGGUACCUGGCCUGCAAGCAGCGCUCGCACUCCCUGGUGGGCGCCUACCUGCUGCGGAACCUGCUGCUGCUGCUCCUCAUCGCUGCUACCUGUCUCUACCUGGGAUUUCUCCACCUCCGCGUCUUUUUCCAAGAUGAAUUCAGCUGCUCCAUCAAGACAGGGCUCCUGCGGGAUGAGCCCCAAGUCCCGGACGUGAUUCCCUGCAAGCUGGUCUUCUUCUCCGUCUUCCAGCUGAUCAGCCUCUCCAACGGGGGGGUCUAUGUCCUCCUGGCACCUGUGGUCAUCUACAACAUGCUGCAGCUCCUCCAGUGGGACAAGCGCCUCCUGUCCAUCUAUGAGAUGCUGCCCGCCUUUGACCUCCUCAGCAGGAAGAUGCUGACCUGCCCCGUGAACGACCUGAACAUCAUCCUCCUGUUCCUGCAGGCCAAUAUCUCCGAGCUUAAGUCUUUCAGCAGGCUGAAUGCGGUGUGCGCCCUGAGGGAGGUCACCUCCAGCCCACAGAACAUCGACACCGUGGUGGAUUUCAUGACCCUCCUUGCCGGCCUGGAGACGUCCAAACCAAAACACCAGGCCUGCGCUGCAGGGGCCGAAGGAAACCCUCCUGCUUCGAGCAGCGAGAUCCUGGAAAUGAAACCCACAGGAGAAGCUAAAAGAAACACUGGUCCCAAGCCCGGCCUGCCUGGCUCUGCCUGAGUGAUGGACCCUGACGGAUUGCUGAGCCAGGACGGGAAGAUCACAGCUCCCCUGCCGAACGAUGACAAGAUGUUAGAGGACAACUAAGAAAUGUAACAUAACCAAAUCCAUGGGGUGAAUCCAGGCCACUGGCCUACGCCCAGCUACUGCUCUAGGAUUGGCUCUGCAUCCAUCCCACCCAUGUCGUCAUGGCUGAAACCGUUCAUGGUCCUAGUUAUAUGUCAGAUCCCUUCCUCAGCGCCCAUCAAACUUGUUUUUAUCUGGACCAGGGUAAUCAUCACCUGCCAUUCUCUUGGGUCCAGCUGCUCCAGUGCAGCUGUGGGGCCCGAUUCUGGUUUUAUAGCAAUUAUAUCCCCGUGUAUCGAUGGACACCGGCAGAGAUACUCCUAAUGUGCUCUAGCAAAACUGAUCUCAGUGGAGUUACUUGCCCCACAGGAAGUGAGAGUACCAGUGGGCCCAGGUGCCUGAGGAAGGCAUAUUCAAAAUUAAGCAGAGGAAAGGGAAAAGGGUUCAUAAUUAAAAAGUGAACGCUGUGUA